AGCAGUAAGGAAGAGUGGGAGCUUGCGAGGUUCCUUGCAAAGUCUCUCGGGCAUAAUAAGAUUGAUGAGUUCUUGAAAUUGAACAUGAUCAGCAAGCUUGACCUCGGUGCAAAAAGCAAGUACAAGUUCUUCCAAGAACUUGAUGAGCUUCCAGCGGGAAGUCAACAAUGGCAUCUAAAUGAAAUUACGUUCACUGGAGAUAAGCUGGGCAAUAACAGAAAGCUGCUCACUGAGAAGCUAGAGAUCUGGAGGCAUGACUCUGUUGAGUGUAUUCGUGAGCUCAUUGGCAACCCCAUGUUCUGCAAUUGUAUAACAUACGCACCUGAGCACGUGUUCCUUAAUGCAGAAGGGAAGCAACACUGUGUUGAUGAUAUGUGGACAGCAGACUGGUGGUGA